AGGAAGCUAGGAAGCUUCACUUCAUAAUAACUAUGUAUAAAAUCGGAUUAUUUACUCGUUUUCCAAGUCGUUCUUCUUCAAUUUCGCGUAUUUCACCUAUUAUCUCUUUUAAUGCUAAACAGUUCGUAAAACCAAUUGUUUCUAUUCAAGCUCGUAGAUAUGCCUCAGGAAAAACUAAAGAAGAGGAGACUUUAGCUCGUAUUGAAAUAAUGCGUGCUCAAGCUCACCUUGGUGGAGGUCUUAAACGUAUUGAAACUCAACAUCAAAAAGGAAAAUUGACUGCACGAGAACGUGCCGAAUUGUUAUUGGACCCAGGCUCUUUUAACGAAUAUGAUACAUUUGUUGAGCAUCAAUGUACAGAUUUUGGUAUGGAUAAAAACAAAAUUAUAGGUGAUGGUGUAGUAACAGGACAUGGUACCAUAAAUGGUCGAAGAGUUUUUACAUUUUCACAAGAUUUUACAGCAUUUGGUGGCAGUUUAUCAAAAAUGCACGCGCAAAAAAUUUGUAAAAUUAUGGAUAAAGCUAUGUUAGUUGGUGCCCCCGUUAUUGGAUUGAAUGAUUCUGGUGGCGCCCGUAUACAAGAAGGUGUAGAUUCUCUUGCCGGUUAUGCUGACAUUUUUCAAAGGAAUGUUUUAUCUUCUGGUGUUGUACCUCAACUUUCUUUAAUUAUGGGUCCUUGUGCUGGUGGUGCUGUAUAUUCACCAGCUCUUACAGAUUUCACUUUUAUGGUUCGUGAUACUUCUUAUCUAUUUGUUACUGGGCCUGAAGUUGUUAAGGCUGUUUGUAAUGAAGACGUAACACAAGAAGAACUUGGUGGUGCAAACACACAUACCGUCAUAUCUGGUGUUGCACAUGCUGCUUUUGAGAAUGAUAUUGAGGCUAUCCAAAGAAUUCGAGAUUUUAUGGAUUUCUUACCAUUAUCAAAUAGAGAGCAAGCACCAACACGUUAUUCAGAUGAUCCAAUAGACCGAGAAGAUCCAUCAUUAAAUCAUAUAAUUCCAGUGGAUUCAACAAAAGCAUAUGAUAUGAGAGAGAUAAUAACAAGAUUAAUAGAUGAUGGUCACUUUUUUGAAAUAAUGCCAGAUUAUGCAAAAAAUAUUGUGGUUGGAUUUGCCAGAAUGGGGGGUAAAACAGUAUCAAUAGUUGGUAAUCAACCUUUAGUAUCUUCAGGAGUAUUAGACAUUAAUAGUAGUGUUAAAGCUGCUAGAUUUGUGAGAUUUUGUGAUGCUUUUAAUAUACCUAUUAUUACUUUAGUUGAUGUACCUGGUUUCUUGCCUGGUACUGCUCAAGAACAUAAUGGUAUUAUUAGACAUGGAGCUAAAUUACUUUAUGCUUAUGCUGAAGCUACUGUACCAAAAAUUACUAUCAUUACAAGAAAAGCUUAUGGUGGUGCAUAUGAUGUUAUGUCUAGUAAACAUCUUCGUGGUGAUAUGAAUUAUUCUUGGCCAACUGGUGAAAUUGCUGUUAUGGGUGCAAAAGGAGCUGUGGAAAUUAUUUUCCGUCAUGUUGAAGACAGAACUCAAUCUGAACAUGAAUAUAUUGACAAGUUUGCUAAUCCUAUACCAGCAGCACAAAGAGGAUAUAUUGAUGAUAUUAUUUUACCUGCUGCGACAAGAAAAAGAAUUAUUGAAGAUUUGUUUGUGUUGUCUCAUAAGCAAUUACCCUUGAUUUACAAAAAACAUGAUAAUUGUCCUCUUUAAAUACUAAUAAUAAAAUACAUGUAUAUUCAAGUAUAAUAUAUGUAUAUAUA